AUGUCUGAUUUCACCAUCCGUCCGCUCGCUUCUGCAGACAUUGAGCAGAUCAAGAAAUUGCAUGCUACGCUGGUGCCAGUCAAUUACCCUGCGUCAUUCUUUCUGCAUCUACUCAUCCAGAACUCGUAUUCUUGUCUGAUCGCCCUGGAACCAUCCUCCGGCGAACCAGUUGCAUGGGUCUCCGCUUCUCUUCACAAGUCAAGCAACCUAAUAGGGUCUCUGGAGCCUCACAUUCAGCUUCUCACCCUUGGGGUACUCCCCGAGUAUCAGCACCGGGGACUCGCUAAGCGUUUGGUGUGGGAGGUCAUUGCAUCUUUACACAAAGACCCAUCAACCCCCGUUCCUACUGUGUACACCCACGUUUGUACAUCGAACACUCCAGCGCAGGCGUUCUACGAGAGCAUCGGUAUGAAAUUUUUGCCAGCCCCAAAUUCACCUUCAGGCAAGCCAUAUGUGGCGAAAAAUGUUUAUACCUAUCCACCUCUCUGGGCGCAGAAGUCGGUAGUGGGAAACAAUGAUUUGUUCGAGAGUAAAGAUGCAUACGUACUGGUUGGGAAAAUCACUGCAUAG